AUGUCGGCCAACACCAUACGCGACUAUCUCUCGCUCCCUUCCUCAGCCCGCGUCGACUCUCCCGACCAGGUCCAGCAGUGGCUCCAGGCACUCGCUUCCGGUGGAAUCUCCGCGCUCGGCUCCGUCAGCGACUCCAUACGCUCCAAGCUCACCACUGCCAUCCUCAAUGACAUUGGCGCCGCAUCAGGCAAGCGCGAGGGCGACUACCUCCUCAACGUCCGAUCCAACGUGCGCUGGAACGCCAACACUCGUCUGUCGGCGCUCAAGGUGCUUAAGGAGCUCAGUCGACUUCCUGGUGGAAGUGCUCCGCUCGGCAAACCAGAGGCGCUGCGCAUUCUUCUCCGGCAGGUCGACUUCCCCAAGCAGCGCGUUCGUCGCUUCUCCUCUCCUACCUCGAAGCCAGCCGCACUCAAUGGCAUCUGCAGCCACAGCGUCACAGCUGAUGCCACCAGCUCCAACUCUGUUCCGGUUGCUUCUACCUCGAGCGCCUCCGCUUCUGGCUACUCGUUAGGCUCGAUCGCCAAGACGCUGCGUCGGGCGGUCAGUCGGCGUGGGUCCCAACAAUCCGAACGAAAUGUCAAGGACAAGGACACGUCGCCCUCGUCAGACAGCACCGCAGAAGAGUACGACAUGAGUGACGAUCCAGAUUGGCCGAUCACCGACAUGGCCCUGCGCUGUCUCAACAACGCACUCUUCCUCAACGAGGAUGCACGGCUCCCCUUUUCCGCCGAAGACGUCGGCGGAGGGCACGUAGCCGUUGCCCUCCUUGCCCGCCCCGAGGACACGCCCACCGACAUUCUCUUUCUCGGCGCACGUCUGCUCUUCUUCAGCACCUUAUUCGAGUCGCCCUUCAACAAGAUCGCCGUCACCACACUCAAUGCCGUCCGCGUCGAGGCCCGCUGUGUCGACGCGCUCGUCAAGGCCUCCCUCGACAAGGCAGCCGACCGCAAUGCUGCAUCUUCUGUCCUCGUCGCCAGCGGCACUCCAGCACAGCUCAACACCGCCCUUUCCGACCUGCUCAAGGCCCAUUUCAACAUCUGCCUCUACUAUCCGCGCCUAGCGGAGGCCGAGGCCAAGCAGCAGCAGCCGGAAGCACCAAACGCACAACCGAGCGAGCCGACCAAGACAACAGAGGCGACAGCCAUCGUCGGCGAAGCCUUCCACUCGGAACUGCUCGAGAUGCUUCCGCCACUCAUCUCGGUGCUCACGACUCUUCCACUGCCCUCGCCGGUGCCGCUCAUGCCUCCUUUCACGCAUGCGAUUGCCGCACUGCUCAACUACCCGGUCACACACGUCAAGAGCCAGAUCACCAGCGCAAAGCCAAAGUCUGGUUCCAACAACAGCGGCGCAGCGAGCAAGGCUACUUUGACUUCUCCCGUCUCGCCCACGUCGAUUGCGGCGCUCGAAAGGGCGCCAAAGUACAUCUUGCGGCUCAUCAUCUUUGCCGAUCUCGUGCUGGCGCGCUACUUUGGCGCUGCGAGCACGGCGGUGGACGACGGGCGACGCGUUCCCGAAGACGUGGACGCCAAGAGUGUGCAGCAGAAAGCGAGCAGCGACGGGAUCGAGCUCGAGGACACGCUGGAGCCGCUGCUGCUCCUUCUGCGCAAGACGUCAUCCGAAGACGCCGACUUGCGCGCCACGCUGUGCUCCAUCCUGCUGCCCUCCGACCUGGAUCGAAGCGUAGUGCUAGACCGACGGUCGGACGUGUUGGGCCGGCUGGUGCGGCUCAUGUCCUCGGUGACGCUGCCGCGCUCCGCGCGGGCUGCAGGCGAGCUGCUGCUCUCGCUGUGCGACGGCGAUGCCAAGCGCAUGACCGAGGCGAUUGGCUACGGUCCGUGUGCGGGCUUCCUCAUGAACACGGGUCUGGCCUCGGCGCUGCCGUCGGGGGUUGCGGCGGGGACGGGCGCCAACGGUCGUGCCGUGGAUCCGAUCACGGGAGAGUACGAGCCUACGGAGGAGGAGCGUGCGCUGGACGAGAUCAACCGCAUGACGGAUGCCGAGAAGGAGGCCGAGGCCGAGCGGCUGUUUGUGCUGUUCGACCGGCUCAACAAGACGGGCGUGGUGCAGGUGCGACAUCCGAUGGCCGCCGCACACGAGUCGGGGCGGUUCGAGGAGAUCGAGGCCCAGACGGCCCAGCAGGAAGCGGAGCGGCAAGAGCAGGAAGACCAACAGACGGAGCGCGACGUCGAGCGCGAAAUGGCGGCGCACAAGCGGCGCAAGGAGGAGGCCAAGCUGCGCGCACAGAAGCUGGCCCAGCCCAAGCCGGCGCUCGUAGAUGCAGUUGCGGAACAGCAGUCAGUCAAGCCGGUGGAGCACGACGCGCGCUCGGAGACAGCGCCAUGA